AUGAAGUUAUUGAAAAUGAUUGCAGCACUUUUUGUGCUGUCAAUUUUCGGUAUAAGUAAAGUUACAGGAAGUGAAGACGAAGAACGAUUGGUUCGUGAUCUUUUCAGAGGCUACAAUAAACUCAUCAGACCAGUGCAAAAUAUGACACAGAAGGUCGAUGUACGAUUUGGUUUGGCUUUCGUGCAACUCAUUAAUGUCAAUGAAAAGAAUCAGAUUAUGAAGUCAAAUGUCUGGCUGCGCUUGGUAUGGAGCGAUUAUCAACUGCAGUGGGACGAGGCUGAUUAUGGCGGUAUUGGUGUCUUGAGAUUACCACCAGACAAGGUUUGGAAGCCUGAUAUUGUGUUGUUCAACAAUGCUGACGGAAACUAUGAAGUUCGUUACAAAUCAAACGUUCUCAUCUAUCCCAACGGCGAAGUUCUCUGGGUGCCUCCAGCAAUUUAUCAAAGCUCUUGUACCAUUGACGUUACAUACUUUCCAUUCGAUCAACAAACAUGUAUCAUGAAAUUUGGCUCAUGGACAUUUAAUGGGGAUCAAGUUUCACUCGCCCUUUAUAAUAACAAAAAUUUUGUCGAUUUAUCGGAUUACUGGAAAUCGGGCACGUGGGACAUAAUUGAAGUUCCCGCUUAUCUUAAUGUUUAUGAAGGAACACCAACCGAAACUGAUAUCACAUUUUAUAUCAUUAUUCGUCGUAAAACACUUUUCUACACCGUCAACUUGAUUCUACCAACUGUAUUGAUUUCAUUCCUUUGUGUGUUGGUCUUUUACUUGCCUGCUGAAGCUGGAGAGAAGGUGACACUCGGGAUCAGUAUUUUGUUGUCACUUGUUGUGUUCUUGUUGCUUGUGUCGAAGAUUCUACCGCCAACCUCGCUUGUGUUGCCAUUGAUUGCUAAAUAUCUUCUAUUCACUUUCAUCAUGAAUACGGUGUCCAUUCUCGUCACUGUCAUCAUUAUAAAUUGGAACUUCCGAGGCCCUCGAACUCAUCGUAUGCCAAUGUGGAUAAGAUCAGUUUUCUUGCAUUACUUACCGGCGAUGUUACUUAUGAAGCGUCCGAGAAAGACUCGUUUGAGAUGGAUGAUGGAGAUGCCUGGUGGGCCCGGUUUGAGUGUUCCACCUCAUCCUUCACAUCCAUCUUAUGGCUCGCCAACUGAGAUGCCAAAGCACAUCAGUUCAAUUGGUGCCAAUAAAUCAAAAAUGGAAGUUAUGGAAUUAUCAGAUUUACAUCAUCCAAAUUGUAAGAUGAAUCGGAAGAUUAAUAGCGGGGGUGGUGAUUUGGGAGCUGAACAUUGUCGACGUGAAAGUGAAAGUUCUGACUCGAUUUUGUUAUCACCGGAAGCAAGUAAGGCGACAGAAGCGGUUGAAUUCAUUGCUGAACAUUUGAGAAAUGAAGAUUUAUACAUUCAGACUCGUGAAGAUUGGAAAUAUGUCGCGAUGGUGAUUGAUCGCUUGCAGCUUUACAUCUUUUUUAUUGUCACCACUGCUGGUACUGUUGGUAUUCUAAUGGAUGCACCUCACAUAUUCGAGUAUGUCGAUCAGGAUAGAAUUAUUGAAAUCUAUCGUGGAAAGUAAGGGAAAGGGAAGGAAAAGCUUAUUUUGCAGUCAAAAUUCACAAGUUAACGUAAUUAAAUUACACAAUACAAAUGUUUUUAAAAGGCAUACUCGAAUGUUGCUUCCAUUCUUAUUAUUGAAAUGAAAUACGAGAAAAUUUCAACACAAUUUAUGAUUUCUCUGCUCAAAGAACAUAAAAAAAGCUCAAUUUUAAAAAGUGGAAAUUCAGAAUGGAAAAGUUUUUCAUCGAAAAUAAUUUUUACUAUUUAAAUUGCCCAAAAAUUGAUCUUCCAUUAACAAAUUAUUAAACGAAAAUUAAUUGUAUAUCGUGUUGGUUAAUAACAUAAAUGUAGAAGCUCAAUUUAAUUUGUUCAAUGAAUUUUCUUUUUAAUGCUCAACAUGUCGAGUCCUAUCGAGAAAUUAAAUAUGAUAGAUAUGUCAAAUUUUUCAUUCUAUAAAAAGCUAUCUAGUCACUUCGUCAAUCGGAAAUUUAUUUUGAAUGUUGAAAUAUCCCUUGAUUUACUUAAAUGUUCACUUUAAGGUCUAUAAAAUUUAUACAUAUGUUUUAGACAUGUAGAAAAGCUUCAUAAUUAGCCGAUCAUGAUGAUGUUUGUUAAAAGGAAAUGUUGUCUAAAGUCAUCCAAAUUAUCUCUGUGUACUUGACUUCAUUGACAAAUAUUUAAAUCUAAUCUUAAUCUGUAGAAAAAAUUCUUUUUUCUUAUAAAAACUUUUUUGUGGACAAUUUAAUGAUUUCAAUGACAAACACCUUAAGAAAGUAAAAUGUCUCCAUCUAGAUAAUUCUCCUUGAGUAAAGUAAAAUGAAAUUAAAAUUUGAGCACGGUGAAAGUAAAUUAAACAUGCAUACAAUAAGUAAGAUAAAAUAAAAAUUCUUCUAUUGUUGAAAAUACGAAUUUUCUAUAACGCAAAGGCAUAUUAAGAUAUGACACAAAAUAUAUUAUCACAAAUAUUUUCUUUUAUUCUGCAAUUAAUGUUCACGAUUAUGCAUUCUAACAGUUUGAUUGACCCCAUGGAAAUUACGUAUUUUUAAUAUGUAUGUUGGAAAUGAACAAAAUUUAUGUAAAAUUAAAUUAAAUAGAAAAAUCACAUAAUAGUGAAU